AUGUCCGAGUCUGCAGAAACCACCAGCAAAUAUGUUCUCCAAACUGUUGGCUUCGAUGCCCGCUUCCCUAACACCAACCAGACCAGAAAUUGCUUCCAGAACUAUACCGACUACUUCAAGUGUAUAACCGCCAAGGGAGAGGACUUCGCCCCCUGCAAGCAAUUCAAGAAGGCGUACAACUCCCUCUGCCCCAACGAAUGGAUUAGCAAAUGGGAUGAUCAGCGAGAGAACGGCACCUUCCCCGCUUCUUUGGAGCCUUGA